GCUAAAUCAACUGCUCCGGGGAAGCCAAAAAAAAAGUGAAAACAGACGCUGCUACUAAUAGCUAUGUGCGCAUAUCAUAUCUGCUUAUAAAGUCUAAUUCCUUUAUUCCUAUCGCAUAUCGCGCUUGCAUCAAUAUUUCUUUCCUGGGUCCGUUGAUAUGCCGAAGCAAAAGACUUUUCUCAAAGAGCUCAAGACAAAGAAGAAGAAAAUAGCACAGCAGGCUCCUGAAACUGCAGAUGAAUUCCUAGCAGCUGGCGUCGAACUAGAAGAAGGGGGAGAGAAAUGGCGCGCCGGAGAUGCUGCCAAAUCAAUGCGCUUCUUCAUGCGUGCCAUCAACAACUACGAUGAAGGCUUACGGAAAUAUCCACAUUCAUUCGACUUGGCUUAUAACAAAGCUCGAGUUCAAUAUGCAAUCACACAGUCUCCUAAACUAGCUUCCCAACUUCCUGCUCCACUCCUUGACCUACUGCAGGUGGCUCUGCAAUCCCACAGGGCGGCCGUUGAGCUGCAGCAAGAUAACGCGGACGCCCUUUUCAACACUGCCCAGGUGCUCACUAGCCUCGCGGAUGAAAUCACCGACUCAAAACACCCGCCUGACGAUCAGAUUGCUCAAGCCAUCAAGUACACUCAAGAGGCCUUAGAGCUUUUCCAGCGCUGUCUUCUCUUGCAGGAACUCCGUUACACGGAAUCAGAAGAGCAAGCCAGGCAACUAGAAGCUCAAGCUUCAUAUGGCGAUAGCCACAAUGAGGAGCAAAUGCAAGAAGAGGACAACUGCGAGGCCGCCCAAGAACCACAGGAACAAUGGGCUGCAAUAGUUGAACCGGUGACAAAGAACACCCUCGUCGACACGGCUGUGGCACAACUUGAGACACUAACAACCCUCUGUAAUCUGCUCGCAUUCCGCCCCGGAACUGGUCUUGCUUGGGUGGAAGAAUAUUCAGGUGGCCAACUAAAAGCCAAGAUCUCUGCCUACGUUGAAAGCUCUGAAAGACACUACGAAGCGUCGCUGGCUUAUGCUAAAUUUACAUGCGCUUUAAGCGAGGUUCUAUAUCGAAGCGAGAGGAUUGAGGUUGAAACUUAUCACAGAGAAAUCGCGCGCGUCUUCGGCUCUGACCUGGAUCUCUCGCGAGAUCCAGACGGUCUCUGCAGUAAAGCAGACGCGCUCACAUCUUUUAACAGCGCAGUUGCCGAUCUGCCUCCUGCCCAUGACCUGGAAGCUUUCAAAAAGUCAUUAACGUUGCGUUGGCAAUCACUUUCCUCUGCCCUUGAAGCUUUGACAGCCGCGUCACGGCUUCCUGACGCAGAAAAUCUGUCUAAAAUCCAUCUUGCGAGGGGUGACGUCGAGAUGUACAGGUGGAGACUCGGCUGUGCUCCCUGGGGCCUCGCAAUGUCGCGGCAAAACGCGCCCACACUGCUUCGCAACGCUCAAACAUACUAUCGAGGAGUAGCAGCUUUGGCGAGACGCGGUGGAAUACCGGACGAUGAAAGAGACGGUGCAUUUAAAGAGGCAUUUGCAGCAGCGUUGGACGGUCAAAAAGGUAAACUGGACAGACUCAAAGCUACCGCAUCGAAAGACCUCUUAAUAGUUGCCGAGGAUAUGGUGGACGAUGGACUGGUAUCUGCAACGGACAUGGAAUCUCUGUUGUCAUGA